AUUGUUCUUGUCCAUGUGCUAGAUAUAUUCCAGGAAGCAGGUCUACCCCUCUGGUUACGUCCUUAUGAGGUCUUGGUUACUUCUUCGUAUACUGCCCUUAUAGAAACAAUUCCAGACACGGCUUCUAUUCAUUCUAUCAAAAGUAGAUACCCCAACAUCACUAGCCUACGUGAUUUCUUUGCUGCGAAGUAUAAAGAAAACUCUCCUAGCUUUAAGUUCGCCCAGAGGAAUUUUGUUGAGAGUAUGGCCGGAUACUCUUUGGUCUGUUACCUUCUGCAGGUAAAAGAUCGUCAUAAUGGGAAUCUUCUCUUGGAUGAAGAGGGUCAUAUCAUACACAUUGAUUUCGGGUUUAUGCUUUCGAAUUCUCCUGGUGGUGUAAACUUUGAGAGUGCUCCGUUUAAGUUAACUCGUGAACUUCUUGAGGUCAUGGACUCUGAUGCCGAUGGGGUUCCAAGUGAGUUCUUUGACUAUUUCAAGGUGCUAUGUAUUCAAGGAUUCCUUACAUGUAGAAAGCACGCUGAGCGAAUUAUUCUCUUAGUUGAAAUGUUACAGGACUCGGGUUAUCCUUGCUUCAAAGGUGGUCCAAGAACCAUUCAAAAUCUAAGAAAACGGUUCCAUCUAAGCUUAACCGAAGAGCAAUGUGUCUCGUUGGUGCUAUCUCUCAUCAGCAGUAGCUUAGAUGCAUGGCGAACACGGCAGUAUGAUUACUACCAAAGGGUCUUAAAUGGAAUCUUGUGAUGUUCCAUCAGCGAUUUUUACAGAGGUAACCAACAUAAUAAAGGGCUAACCCUUGGGUUCAAACGGCUAAAAACCAUGCGUUUUGAGGAAACCCUUUUCUCAUAGCUAUACUAGCAAAGCAGAAUCCUCCCAAAAGGCAGAAGAAAGAAAAAAGCCUUUAACCUGAAGAGAAGUAGAUCAGUGUGAGUGGGUGAACAAACCAGUCGCACACUACAGUUUGUGUACAGAGAGAUUUUACUUUUGCAGAGGUUUGAUUGUUUUAUCUUUUACUUUGCUUACUAGAGAGAAAAGAAAAAAGGGCAAAUGCCUCAAUUUUCUUACUCUUCCCAAAACAAAAACCCUUUUAUAGAGAUGACAACUGAUGAUGUGAUAUUAUUGUAUAAAUCAUGUAUUAUCUUUUGUUAAA